AUGCUUAAGAGGCAGGCAGCACUGCCCGUGUGGUUUGAGGUGUCUAGCUGGAGACUGUCCGCUUGCGUGUGCUCCCCGAGCGCUGACAUGGAUUCUCGAGCUGCCUGCGCUGUGGUGUUGCCCGCUGUCCAGAGCAGAGUUCCUGCAUCGCCCCGAGUAGAGGAGGACGUGCCCCUGGUUCUGGCGCAGGUGAAGUGGGGCUGGACGCCACGGCAGCUGACAGCCCAGCUGGUCUCCUCAGACCUGUGGCUCGGGCCAGUGAGGUCUGGGGCUGCGUCCCCAGCAGCUGCAGUUGGCAGGGCGCUGGGCUGGGCGGGGCUGCUGGGCUGCCUAUUCGAGGACCAGCUGUGCGGCCCGGCAGAGACCUGCGUGAACGACGGGCUGUUUGGACGGUGUCAGGAGUUUCCGGCCACAGACACGCGCAGCCAUGAAGCGUCGCCCGGGGACCUGCAGCACCUGACGGCUGCCCUGCGGAAGCUCUCCCUCUCAGGUUCCUCGUGGCAGGACGCCGCCCCCCAGCACCUGAUGGCCCGGGAGCUCUCACGCCUCCCCCAGACCUACCCACGACAUCCCGACGCGUCCCAUCUGGCCAGGAGCCCCAAGCAGAGCGUCCAGGAUGAACGGGGCCUCAGCCUGGAGGGCGACGUGCUGGCCGAGGUCCUUCAGCGCUACCUGCCCUACCUGGAGGCCUUGGCCCAGGCUGCCGCCCCGAACACGCUCCCCGGGCUGAAGCUGGACAGGCCGCUGGCGCAGGGCGAGGACCCCCUUGCCGAGAGCACGCUGACCUUCAUGGCACAGACGUCCGCCCUGACCUAUGCUCCUGAGCCCCGGGCGGAUUUCCCCGGGGGGCGCCCGCUGCCCACGCUCCACCGGCUCCAGCCCGACGAGCUCACCCCCAAGUCAGCGGACGGUGUGGACCGGCAGAAUCUGGUCGCCGCGCUGAGCGCCUACGCUGCUCGGAAGUCCCCUUUGCCCCCCCGGCAGGGCGACCCCGCGCCGCGCAACCUCCUGAGCGCAGCGUGGAGAGAGCCCAGGGUCCUUUCGGCACCGGCUGCCCCCCAGAGAUGGCCUUCGCCUGCAGGAGACCCCAGGAAUGCCCCGGGCUUGGACGAUGAAGCCCGUGUGCAGAUGCUCCUGCGGGGCCUGCCGCAGCGCCUGGGCGGCGUGGAGGGUCUGGGCCCCCUGGACAUGGACGCAAUGGCCCGUGCCAUCGCCAGUGCGCUGCCAAGUGGGGGCGCAGACGGGGAGCAGGGAGGCGCCCAGCCAGGAGACGGAGGACCCAGGGGGCAGGCGGACCGCUCGGAGGUGGCGCCCCACGGCGGGGACCAGGCAGGUGACGCGGAGUCCGAGGACAGUGGCAGCGUGCACAAGGAGGUCAGCCGUUCGGGUGUCAGAUUCGGGGACCCCCUUCAAGGUCCUGGGUCCCCACUCUUGCCUGGAGCCCCUCGACUUGCAGAGCCCUUCAAAACAGAGAUCAAGAAAUCAGAGGCCCCCGCGGCGCCCCUGUCCUCUGAGGAGGAGCGCGCCGGGGUGGAGAGCGUGAGGAGCCGGACCUACACCAAGGAGCUGGCGGAGGGGCCACUGAAGCCGGGGCCAGGGCUGGGGCCGGGCGCACCAGGGGGGCUGCAGCGCUGGGCUCUGGGGGGGCCCCCCAGCCAAGGCCUGCGGCUGGAAGCCAAGUCCUCUGGGGAGCAGCACGGCUACAUCGUGACGCAGCACGACCCCCUGAGCCCGGAGGAGGGGAAGGUGCUGCUGGAGCACGUGGCGCGUCUCCUGGAGGUGCCCGCCGACGUCUUCGUGGACAUCGGGGUCGCGGGGCCCGCAGUGACCUUCAGGGUGAGUGCCAAUGCCCGGAAUGUGACGCCGGCGGAUGUGGUGAAGGCGGCAGGACCUUCUCUGGGUCAGAGGCCAAGUCCACCACCUGAUGAGCUGGUCCAGCGCGACCGCCUCGGUGCAGGGGGCCUCUCGACAACAGCGUGUCGUCAGAGACGCUGAGGAUGGUGUCUUCCCUCCUCGCUCGUGCCGAGUUGCCGCGGCUCUCGGCCCCUCCUCCCGUCUCCCGCAGCCCCGCAGGCGUGCGCUGCAGCUCUUGAGUUUGGAGCUGGCCGUCCUGCAGAGCUGUUUACGGACGCCCGGGAGCCUUCUCUGCUGAAGUUCGGGGGUGUGUUUUGACGUGCACAUUACAUGAGGCGUGUUUAGUCAGUCACAAUGAUAUGCUAAUUGGAUUCACCUGUGAACCGAAGAAAACACACACUUGAAGGAAAAGGAAGUGAACUUACCGCCAGCUGAGACACCUUGUGAUCAGUGCGGUGUGUCAUCCAAAUGCGAGAGG